AUGUGCUCGCCGGGCUCAGGGCAGUUUAAUCCAUCUACGCUCGAUGUCGAGACGGUCAAGCUGGUUCACGCCGAACGCAGCAACAACAACAAGCAGUCCCAGAUUGUAGUCGAGAUGCAAAUCAAGGAGAAGCACUGUAAUCAGCUGGGGAACUUGCAUGGCGGCUGUGCAGCGUCUCUAUUAGACAACAUCACGUCGAUAGGUCUCUAUUUUCACACAUCCGGUGUAUUCGGCGACCCAUGGUCAUUACUGGGCGUUUCCCAAUCCAUCAACAUCCAAUACCUAGCCCCGGCACCACUAGGAUCAUGGAUCGACAUCGAGACGCAGGUUGUGGCCGUCGGUAAGACGGUCAGCUUGAUGACUUGCGAGAUCUGGACAAAAGACGGUCCGGGGAAGGAUGCAAAGCGACUGGUCAAGACGAGCAUCGGAACUCACACAAAGAUCGAUAAUUCAUAUCAGGCUAAAAUGUAG